CCACCGCGGUCCCUGAGAGAGAGAAGCCCGGAGAACCGCCAAGAUGUUCGGGGCGUCGCGGUCCGGCGGCGUGCGUGGAGGCCAGGACCAGUUCAACUGGGACGACGUGAAGGGCGAUAAGCACCGAGAGAACUAUCUAGGGAACUCUUUGAUGGCCCCAGUCGGUCGCUGGCAGAAGGGAAAGGACCUGUCAUGGUACGCCAGAGACAAGAAGGACGGGACACCUCUGACCAGGGAGGAGGAGUUGGCGGCGGUUAAAGCCGCGGAGCAUGAGGCCCUACUGGCUGCGCUAGGGCACAAAAAUAUAAAGAGGCAACCCACUGGCUUAACCAAAGAGGACUUUGCCGAUGUGUGCAGGAGGGAGGACCCUGCUGGAGAGGAGAGAGAUGUGGACCGUAUCUCCGGCCUGGGCAGCUCCAGUGCAGGAUCACGGAAAAUCCUGCUCUCAGAAAAGGAGAAGGAGGCUGCAAAAAUGGGCUUGUCUGUCUUCACGCAUCACAAAACGGAGGCUAAUCCUGAAGCCUCAACCAAACAGCCGAGUGAGGGUGUAGAUAAGGAGACGGGACAUGAGGGCAAAAAGAAGAAGAAGGAAAAGAAGAGCAAAAAGGAGAAAAAGAGGAAGAAGGAAAAGAAGAAAAGGCAAAGAAAAGACUCGUCUUCUUCAGAUUCAGAUGACCACAGGAAAAGGCACAGAAAGGACCACCAUCAUCAUAAUCCAUCAUGCCACAGUCAGAGUGGAGCCAGACCCCAUGACAGCUAUUCAAGGGGGGAGGCAAAGGCCGAGCGCCCCCCCUCCUCCCUUCCCCGUCGCCAGCGGCGACACGACACAGACUCCUCCGACGGGGGGUCCCACGUCCCCCGAAACAGAGGCGGUGGCAAGGUGACCCCUGUGGCUAGCACACAGAGCCACAGGCGACGCCACGACACAGACUCUGACGACUGAUGUAGCCCGCCACCCUUCCCCUCGGAGACACACACAACACUCUGGACGGGAUAAUGAGCCCUCCGGCCCCCCACAGACCACCUGACCGUUGGUGUGUGUACCAGUGGAUGUGUUCCACUCGGGCACAAACUGGGGGAAACUGCUGGGUUGAUUUUAAUUUUUUUAUUUACUGAAGACAUGCAUCAUCAGACAUCUUAUUUUUCAAUAAUUUUAAUAAAUGCUUAAAAUGAC